AUGAAGUCCUCGUCGCUCUCCCUCACGGCCGCGCUAGCUACCCUAGCCACACGGGCAACGGCUGACAACCCCAUCAUUCAAACGCUCUACACCACCGACCCGGCUCCCCUCGUGUACGAUGACCGUAUCUACCUCUACACGGGCCACGACGAGCCCAACGCGCAGACUUUCCAGAUGAACGACUGGCGCGUCUACUCGUCCUCCGACAUGGUCAACUGGCAGGACCACGGCUCACCCCUGAGCCUCAAAACCUUCAGCUGGGCCACAGCCCAAGCCUGGGCCGGCCAGACCAUCCCGCGCAACGGCAAGUUCUACUGGUACGUCCCGAUGCGCCACACCUCCGGCAGCAUGGCCAUCGGCGUAGCCGUAGGCGACACCCCAACCGGCCCCUUCAAAGACGCCAUCGGCAAGCCCCUCGUCAUGAACAACGGCAUCGACCCCACCGUCUGGAUUGACGACGACGGCCAGGCCUACCUCUACUGGGGCAACCCGGGCCUCUGGUACAUCAAACUCAACCCCGACAUGGUCUCCUACACGGGCAACAUCAACACCGUCACGCUCACGGCCGCCGGCUUCGGCGGCCGCUCCGGCAACGCCCAGCGCCCGACCACCUUCGAAGAAGGCCCCUGGCUGUACAAGCGCAGCGGGAAAUACUACAUGGUGUUCGCGGCGAGCUGUUGUUCCGAGCACCUGGGGUGGUCGACGGGCCCCUCGCCCACGGGGCCCUGGACGUACGGCGGCGUGAUGAUGCCCGCGCAGGGCAGCAGCUUCACCAACCACGCGGGCGUGGUCGACUUCCGCGGGGGUUCGUACCUGUUCUACCAUAAUGGUGCGCUGCCGGGCGGGGGCGGGUAUGACCGGUCCGUGUGUGUGGAGAAGUUUGCGUACGGGACGAAUGGGUCGAUUCCCGUGAUUAACAUGAGCAAGGAGGGCGCGCCGCAGGUGGGGACGUUGGAUCCGUAUGUGCGUCAGGAGGCGGAGACGAUGGCGUGGUCGUCCGGGGUGCAGACUGAGGUGAAAGGCGUUGCGUUUGGGGGAGGGGCUAAGACGUUUACUGCGCGGGUCUCGUCCGGGUCCUCGGGGGGAAAGAUUGAGUUGCGGUUGGGGAGUGCAAGUGGUACGGUUGUUGGGACUUGUAACGUGUCUGGCACGGGUGGCUGGCAGAACUGGGCCAGCGUGGGUUGCAACGUCAGCGGUGCUACGGGUACCCAGGAUGUGUUCUUCCGGUUUACGGGGGGUGGCGGAGAGUUGUUCCGGUUUAACUGGUGGCAGUUUAAACAGCGCCCUGGGCUAAGUGUCCCCGAUGCUGUGACUCUCAAGGACGAAGAGUUGGAGAAUGAGGGCGCCUGGGCUUACUCCCUCGAGCGUCUGCCGGGAAAGAUGUGGGUUCUCGGCGUCGCCGGCAAGGGUGCUGAAGGCCGCAUAGCCAUCAACAGGUCGCUCGGAUGCGUGCUCUCCAAGGGUUGCCUUGCCAACGACAGCGACGAGGCUGUGGCAGCAAAAGUACGGCCGCAUCUUGAGGCCGUACUGGCCAGCCCACUGGACGAGAUCGCGACAUACCGUCCUCUGCUACAAGGGUUCCUGGACAAGCUGGACGACAUCAGCGAGCUGCCGCUUUGGGUCUCGCACUACGACCUCAACGGCGUCAACGUCCUUAUCGACGAGUCCUGUGAAGUGACAGGUUUGAUCGAUUGGGAGUUGUCAACGCCAAAACCCUUUGCCUUCUGGAUGCCGGACGAGUUCGAGGUUGCCGAGCGGGCCUUUUGGGAGGAGUUGUUUGCUGGCAUGCCCCAGGAGACUCGUGCAAUGCUGGAGAAGAAUAUCGAUCUCGUCCAGGACGCCGUUAUUCUCGGCACGCUCUUGGACACCUUUUCUGGGAGGAUGUAA